CUUCUGGAUUAUUCUGAUUCAUUGCUGGAGUAGGAAGAGUUAGCUUGACUGUUGCUAAUACAUUUGGCUCAUUUGCACUAGUCAUGCUUUUCGCUUUGGGGGGCUUUGUCCUGUCAAGAGAAAAUAUAAAGAAAUGGUGGAUAUGGGGCUACUGGAUAUCACCUUUGAUGUAUGGGCAGAAUGCAAUUGUAGUUAAUGAAUUCCUUGGCAAGAGUUGGUCACAUGUUCUUCCAAACUCAAACGAAUCAUUAGGAGUUGAAAUUCUGAAAUCUCGUGGAUUUCGUACGCAUGCAUAUUGGUAUUGGAUUGGCGCAGGAGCAUUGGCUGGAUACAUGCUCUUAUUCAACAUUUGUUACACUUUGGCUCUCACUUAUCUAAACCGUGAAGCAAUCUGGAUACUUGAUGUUUCAAGAAAGGUUGUAGUUUUACUCAAUUUAUGAUGUACUUAAGGAAAUAAGAUGUAUUGAUUCGAUUUUGGCGUGGUUUGUAUGUCCAAAAUCUGUUCACUGGCUGAUGCUUUAAGAUUGUGUAUAAUCAGAUUGCUUGAAUUAAUGCAAUGCCCCAUAUUUAAGAAGCGAUGUUAAAAAAACUAA